AUGGGUCUAGCCUCCCGACUGAUUCCAACUCUGUUGUGCCUUCUAGUGUGUUCCAGCACCUUUAUCCACAGUCACAAAUGUGGUAUUGUCUUAAAAGAGAUCAUCAAAACUUUGAACUUCCUCACAGAGAAGGAGAAUGCAUGCACCCAGUUGACUGUGCCUGAUGCCUUUGCUGCUCCAAAGAACACAACCGAGAAAGAAACCUUCUGCCGGGCUACAGUUGUGCUUUGGCAGGCCUAUAAACAACACAAAUGCUUGACCCAGUACCUGAGCGGCCUCUACAGAGGCAUCAGAAGCAUGACAAACGUGACUUACUGUCCUGUGAAUGAAAACAGGACGAAUACGUUGAGCGAAUUCUUGGAAAAGCUAAAGACGAUCAUGAAGGAGAAAUAUUCAAAGUGUGGAAGAAGACUAUUUUAA